CGGGCCUGCAGCGCAGUGUUGCCGAGCAACGGGCCUGCGCCAGCCGAGGGCGCACCUGGCAGACCUCGGAGGCCACGGGCGGUGACUGGGCCGAGGUGGGUGCGGGCUGGAGCCCGACGCCGGAGCCCCAGCGCGCCCCGAGUCCACCCCUCGGGAGCUGCAGGCCAGGCCCGAGCCGGGGUCCUCAGAGGCCGCCUCGGACCCCAGCCGGACCUGUCAGGGGAACUACCCGAGCCCCGGACCCAACUUCUGGGGACCCCCGGGUGCCGCCUUCCCGCAGGCACCUGGACUGUCCCGCACUGUGCCAGACUGGGCCUCGCAGACACCCUGCCCGCCCCGACCGAGGCCGAACCCUGCCGCUCGUCUAGCCUCCCGGGCCGUGCUGACCCCCAGCACCUCGUAGGUCUCCAGGACACGCCCCUCAGCUGGGCCAGGCGCCCGGGCGUCGGGAAGAGGAAGCCGGAGAGCGGCUCCGGUCACUUUCUCCGGGUGACCAGGCUGCGUAUGUGGCUUGUGUCCAUUCCACAGCGAUACUGGACCCCACGAGGCCCUCCGUACUCUGGAGGAAGCCGCCGGCAGCUGCUGGGCAGGGGGUGAGCAGGCAACGCUCCCAGGCCCUGUCCAGCCCUGAGCAGCUCCAGCACCGCAGUGUGCAUGUCUCCUGAGCAUCUGCCCAAUGCGUUUAUGCGGGCCGGUGGCACCAACAUGCAAGGCCAGCGGGAGCUGGGGGGAGCGCCUGGCCAGAUGCCUCCUCUCCGCAGGUUUCCAAGUGACCUCACAGAGCAAGCAGGUGGGGUUUCUCUCUGCCCGGUUUCUAAAGACAGUGAUGCCAGCGAGGCACCUGGGAAGCAGAGCGGUGGUGCUGCAGACCUCAUCGCCCAGGCAGCCUCCUCACCCAGGGUUUCUGGGCACCACGAGGGCUUGUCUACCUGCGCCCUUAGUGGCCCAGAGCCAGGGGAACACCCCGGUGCCUGGGGGGAGUUUGAAGGCUUUCAGGAAUCCUCAGCCAGGUCUGAACAAUUCUCUCGGUCCUUUGAACUCCCGGAGAGGCCCACAGAACCUCAGCUUCCAAGGACCGCUUCUGCCCACAGAGAGCGUGGUUCCCCCCAGCCUCGCCAGGGUGGCCCUGCGUGGACAGAAGCCACCGCCAUCGCACCUGCUGAGCCCAUUCUCAGCUAUGAGAACAUUUUUAGGUCUGCUUUUCAAGAAGUACCAGCCCAACAGGCAACGGAGGACGUUUCUGCCUUAGACCAUUUCUUAGAAACAAGUGAUGAAGAAGAACCUGGCCUCACACCUCUGCAUGAGCUGUGUUCUGAAUCCAGAAAAGUCUGGGGAGCUCUCCAGAGCGCCGCGUGCACGGCGACUUCCCGAUGCCUCUGGGGCCCGUCCCGCUGCCAGGAAAGCCUCCUCCUCGUGCUGGGGGUGGACGCCGCUCAGGGCCGCGCUCAGGGACAGCCUGACCUGGCGGAGCCCGCGGAGCCGAGCGCGCGCGGCUUCUGCCUGCGCCGCUGCAGGGCCCUGAUCCAGACCAAGCUCGCAGGGACGCUGGGGAGCAGACAAGGUGGCCUGGUCACUUACAGCCUUUUCCUGAAGACGCCCUUCUGGGGCGCUGGGCAGCACAUGAGGAUUCCGAGGAAGACUCUCACGCCCCGUCACCUCGAAAUGGCGCUGUGCAGUCGUGAUGUCUGCUAACGCGGGAGGACUGUGUCUCCGUGGGGGAUUUUGUUUUCUCACCUCUUGGGGAGGGUGGUCCGGGACCCCCCCACCCCCACCCCGGCGGCUGGCAUCAGGCUGCCCUCUGAAGGCGCCCGCCCCAGCCCAACGGGACAGAAGGAAGCGGCUCCAGGGCCCCGGGGGCGCUGUGAGGGCCCGGACUGGCUGCCCAGAGGGUGGCCUCGCCCGUGGUUGGGUCUGUCGCUGGGAGCAGUUGUUCAGGGACCUGGAAAGCCCUGUGCAAGAUGCCGCUGGGCGCCCCCGGCCAGGGUUUCCAGGCGGGUGGGGCACAGGCUCCGGGGGCGUGGCUGCAAGACAAGCGGUUGGCACUGACUUUUGUAAAACUUUAUUAAACACAAAACAAGCUGGA